GAUCCCAAAUCCCUCGUCUCCUUCUUCUCCCGCGCCCUCUCCUCCUUCCAGUCCUCCCCCGAUGCAUUCCGCGUCCUGUGCACGCUGCCCCACGCCAGCGACCCCGCGCCGCGUCGCCCCGUGAAGCCCGUGGACCGCCUCGUCGUGCUGGACUCGAGCUUCAACCCGCCGACGAGGGCGCACGCGAGCAUGGCGCGGGCGGCGCUGGAGGGCGGUGGGGGCGAGGGCGGGCGUUUGGUGCUGCUGCUCAGCGUGAACAAUGCCGACAAGGCGCCCAAGCCGGCGAGUUUUCCCGUCCGGUUGGGGAUGAUGGAUGCGAUGGGGAGGGAGUUGCUUGAGGAGAUGAGGGCAAGGAGUGGCAGUGAGGGUCAUGAGUUGGAGAUUGACGUAGCUGUUACGACGAUGCCUUUCUUCCACGACAAGGCGCAGACCAUCACGCAGUCAGGUUUCUACACGAAUCCCCCGGCGACACCGCCGCCUACACAGACCUUCCUAGCCGGCUUCGACACGCUGGUGCGCAUCUUCAACCCCAAGUACUACGGCCCGUCGCCGCCGGGCGCAACAACCUCGCCGAUGCAGCGCGCGCUGGGCCCGUUCUUCGCCGGCGCGCGGCUCCGCGUGACGACGCGGCCCGACGAGCAGUGGGGCGGCGCGGAUGCGCAGCGGGCGUACGUGGAGCGGCUGGCGCACGGCGCCCUGGAGGACGUCGGUGGCGACGGGGCGUGGGCGGCGAGGGUGGAUGUCGUGGAGGGUGAUGCGGCGGAGGAGGAU